UAUCACCCCAGCUCCAUCUGACAGCCUUCUCUGUGUCCCUGUCUCAUCCUUUUUCAUAGUCUAAGGUCCUCUUUGGUCUUUUAUGUUUCUGUAUGAUCCUCCUUGCUCUUGGGUCCCAUGCAGAGGCAAGAUGCCUGAUAUGCCCUGAGCUCAAUGAUAAGUUAUCUGGUUUACCAUCUCUGCCCCCCUCUACAGGUUCUCUGUGAUGAUGUGUUACUCAGAUAUUACGAGGGGAAUGAUAGAAAGAGGAAUAAGUGAAUGUUUCUCAAAGCCUUAUAAUUAUAUACAUGGAGUAUAUUAUUUUGUAAACAGAAAAAUUAUAGCACUCAAAAAUUCUCUUCAAAAUAAGACACUGUCUAUUCGUUUGUAGAGAGACACCUGCCCUGGAGCUACAUUCAACUGUCAUGUCAGCCAACACUAACACCACUGAAGAAUCCUUCUAUUUCAUCCUUACGGGAAUCCCAGGGUUUGAGGCAGUGCACAUCUGGAUCUCCAUCCCCUUCUUCUGCUUAUACAUGAUUUCUUUGAUUGGCAACACCACCAUCCUGGCUGUCAUUUGGACAGAGCCCUCACUCCACCAGCCCAUGUACAUGUUUCUUUCUAUGCUAACACUAACUGACCUAGGUCUGACCCUCACUACACUGCCCACAGUCAUGCGCCUCCUCUGGUUCAAUGCCCGCAAGAUCAGCUUGGAAGCCUGUUGUGUCCAAUUUUUCUUCCUCCAUGGCUUCUCCUUCAUGGAGUCUUCGGUCCUUCUGGCCAUGGCCUUUGAUCGCUAUGUUGCCAUCUGCCGCCCUCUCCACUAUGCCUCUAUCCUCACAGAUGCAGUUGUCAGGAGGAUUGGGAUGGCCAUUAUUAUCCGCUGUGUUGUAGCAGUCUUGCCCCCUCUCUUCCUGCUCAAGCGGUUACCCUUUUGCAACUCCCACAUACUCACUCAUUCCUAUUGCCUCCACCAGGACAUGAUCCGCCUGGUCUGUGGUGACACCACAAUCAACAACUGGUAUGGCUUUGGGCUGGUCAUUGUCAUCUAUGUGCUUGACCCUCUCCUCAUUGUUUUCUCGUAUGCGCUGAUAUUGUUCAGUGUCUUACAUGCUGCCUCCCCAGCUGAGCGUCUUCAGGCCUUCAACAGCUGUCUUUCCCAUAUUCUGGCUGUGCUUGUUCUCUAUGUGCCUAUGAUAGGGCUGUCAAUGGUCCACCGCUUUGCUCGGCAUGCCUCCCCGCUGGUCCAUGUGGUGAUGGCCAAUGUCUACCUGCUGUCACCUCCUGUGAUGAACCCCGUCAUCUACACUGUGAAGACCAAGCAGAUCCGCCAAAGUAUCCUCCAUCUUCUCUCUCAGAGGAAGGUGCAUUAAGAAUGGAGUAGAGACUGUGGUCAGUAGAAUCAUAGCAGGCCAGGAAAAGAGAGAAAUUGCCAAGAGAUUUUUUUUUUAACAACUUCUAUGUCAGUUCAUUUAAUGAAAAUCUGGCAUAUCUAGAUUAUCACGUUCACUUCUAGGAGCCACAUUUUCAAAGGAUAUCGGUAAAUUCUAAAGGGUCUGGAGUCAGGAAUGCAAAGGAGUUUGGAGCAGGAGAAUCUCCUCAAUAAAACAUUUGGAUACAGGAAGAGGGCAUGG